AUGCUGGACUGGAUGAAGGGGAAUGAGGGCCCGGAGGCUGCAGACACCACGAAGGUGUUGGAACCCCCCGAGACCCCAGCUGCCAUGUUUGCGAUGCGCGCCUUCAAAAGCGCUUUGUUCGGUACACCAGGGGCAGAAGACAACGACCAAACACCCCGUCCGGCGCAGCCAAAGGAAUCAAAUUACCAGCGUCGUAAAAGCGAUACCACCACAAACCCCAUCCCCAUCCCCAUCCCCGAGAAACUAGAACCCAAACCUGAUCUCGACUCGGUACUCAAUCCCUCUGGUUCCCCAACAAAGAGCAUCCUCGUCACCCCGGGAACUAUUUCAAAUCGUCGCAAAACUGUCUCUUUCGGUGAAGGCGUAGUCGACAACGAAGGCAAACGCGACAGCCACUCGAUCAAAGUGGUGAAGACACCCCCAAAUCCGUCGGGCAAUCUGAGUACACAGUGGAUGUCCGGGUCUGCAGACGGCAAGCCGCGAAGCAAACUCACGCAGACAUUAUUAGAUGCUCGUGACAAUGCAACGAAGAAUUCCGACUCAGACAAAACUACAGAGGCAUCGUCUUCGUCCGGUGACAAUUCUGUCGCGCGACCCCAAACAAAGACGGAAAACGAACCGGACGACAUUACUCUCAAUUUGGAUGAACCCCGAUCGGAAUCAGGCAAAUACUGGAAAACCGAGUUCGAUAAUUAUCGCGUGCGCACAAAUCGAGAGAUAAAGAAGUUGAUCCAUUACCGAACUAUCGCGAAGUCUUACGCCCGCAAGAAGGAUUCCGAGGCCCUACGACUAUCAGAGAAACUCAAGGAGGAGGAGGAAAAGGUCACUGAGAUGGAACGGCAAGUAUCGCGUCUUGCUUCUUCUAUUGUGGGGCAAGGAUCCACAGUCGACAAAGAGCAGUUGAUUCAGGAUUUGACAAGACAGACUGCCCUCGCCUUGCAAUACAAACAGCAGGUUACUGCCUUGCGUUCCUCGCUUGAACAACAAGGCGUUGUAAGCGCCGAAGUCCCAAAGGACAGCGAGCCAGCCAAGUUCGAUAAGCCUGAACAGCCUUCUCCAAUGGAGCUGCACAGAACACAACAAGAGCUCAAAGAAGCGAACGCCAAAAUCGAUGGAAUGAAGCGCCAGAAUACGGAUUUAAGUACACUCCAGAACCUCGCUGAGAGCUCAGAAAGGAAAGCUCAAGAGCUCGAGAAAGAAAACAACAGUCUUAAGCAAACUCUAGCUCGUGUGAAACUAGAAAUGUCACGCUACGAAGGCCGGCGAAAGGAGAAGGAGAAUAAGUUGAAACAAAGAGAAACCAAAUUAGAAGCACGCAUCCAGGAGUAUCGUGAGCGUUUGAAAACCACCACUCAAGAGCACCGACAAUCAGAAGAUGCACUCCGAAAAGGAUUCGAUGAUGAACGCCGCCGCAUGCAAACCCAAAUUGAUCAAUUAAAGACAAGGGUCUCGGCUGUCGAACGAGCACCUACCCUCCGACCCCAACAACGCCGUUCUCUCAGCCCACGCAAAGAAUACACAGGGGUACAUGUGCAGGAUUUUGCAGGCCAAGAUCACGACCAUCCCGGAGCAGAUGAAGAAGCCAACGAAGAUAUCGAGGGACCCCCUAGUCCUAGCCCCCGCUCCAAAUCUAGAGAAGCGCGCCACACGCGCAAUUCCACCACGAGCGCCCUUGAUCUCAAACGCAAAUCUAGGGAUCUCCGAGACAUCACCGCAGAUGACGCUCAAGUCAAAGAAUACCUGGCUGAGGUCCUUCAUAGACCAACUCUCCGAUCCCGUCAUACAGACUUAGCUCCUGUCCCUCCUUCAUCACCCCCUGACAUUGAGGCGUUUAAAUCCCUCGGUCGGGGCCAUUCAAGAUAUCACCCUGCAGGCGACAAUCAACGUACCUACCGCUCUCUAUACCUUCGAGGCUCCGAGCUCACAGACACCGAUGCAAAUACACAGCCAGCACACGCGAAUACCCAUCGUCCCCUUACACAUAUCAAGUCUACUCUAGAUACGCUCUCGGGUCAGACUACCUCCCGUGUUGGUAACUAUGCAGGACAUACGAUCUCUGGGGGGGAAAGACCUGGAAAGAAGUAUGGGCUUUUGGCCGAUCUGAAAAGUGAACCGCUUUCUCCUGAACGAGUUGCUGCGGCCAAGUCACGACUCAGGCAGAAACGCGAAAGUCAGAGACUAAGGCCAUCUGGGAAAGAAAAUUUCUGA